AUGAAUAAUAAAAAUGAGGAAGAGACAUUAUCUGUUUUAUCUUUAAAUUGUUGGGGUCUCAACAUUGUAGCAAAGAAACGCAGAUUUCGGUUAAUUGCAAUUGCCGAUUAUAUGUGUCAACAACAAUAUGAUAUUGUAGCGCUUCAAGAGGUAUGGAUGUGGGAAGACUUUGACUAUAUAAAAGAGAAAGUGAAGCAUAAAUUACCUUUUACAAAAUAUUUUUAUAGUGGUACACUAGGAAGCGGUUUAGUGUUGCUGUCUCGUUUUCAAAUUUUAUCAUCGUCUUAUAUACAUUUUACUUUAUCAGGGAGACCACUUCAAAUAUUUCAAGGAGAUUUUUAUGUUGGAAAAGGUUGUGGAUGUAUUUGUAUUAAUCAUCCUAAUGUUGGAUUCAUUGACGUUUAUACUACUCAUCUACAAGCUGAAUAUGGAAAUAACAAUGCAUAUGAAGCUCAAAGGAUUACUCAAUGUUGGCAAAUAGCAAAUAGUGUACGUGCUUCUGUCGCUCAGGGUAAACAUGUUAUAUUGACGGGUGAUUUUAAUAGUGUCCCUAGUAGUUAUUGUUAUACUAUUUUAAAGAAUCAUGGAUUUAUGACGGAUUCUUGGUUAGAAAUUCAUAAAGAUGAAAUGGCAAACAGUUUAAAACGUCUUGAGAAUAAUGAACUCACAGAUUCUGAAUGUAUUCAACUAUUUGGUAUAACUUGUGAUUCACCCUUAAAUACAUGGACUAAACACUUUUUAAAGCAACAAGCUCAUGUUAAAGAAAUGGGUGACAGAUUAGAUUAUAUUUUCUAUAGACAUACACCGAAAAUAAGCUGCAUAGAAUCCAGAGUAGCAUUAGAAGGAUAUAUAACGCAUACAGAAAUGAGUUACUCGGAUCAUUUUGCUGUCCAUUCCCUGUUUAAAAUAAAAGGUGAUGUAGCCGUUACUGAUGAUGAUGCUGCUCUCGUCCUUUUAGCAAAUCCUUGUUUUACAAAACUAUUACCAGAAACAUUGCAAACUAUGUUAAUCCUAUUAGAAAAGGAUUUGAUCAAAGCGAAAAGGACAGCUAAUACCAUUUUAAACUUCUUUCUAUUAUCAGUCUUUAUUAUACUUGGUUUAUUUAUAACUCAAAUUAUUAUCAUAUACUAUCAUCAGACGUUAUUCAUGAACGCUAUCUACAGUUUACUUUUAAUUCUCUUUUCAAUCAUUGCAACUGUAUGUCUUGUAGUAGGAUUCGUAUUUGGUAAAAUGGAGCAAAGGUCUCUAAGACAAUAUAUAACAGAUAUGGAAGUAUGUUUAAAGAAUCAAGAAGAUCAUACUUUAACAAGCAAGCUUUGAUUUAUUUACUCC